AUGGAGCUGGAGCAGUGGGAGCGGCGCGAGGAACACGAGUUCGCUAUGGUGUACCAUACACGCCGCGUUGGCGCACGUGUGGCCGGUGGCGGCGGACGUCUGCGCACGCCCGCCAGCCAUAGCGUCAUGUCAUCCACUGCUCUGCUGGUACAGGUGUACCGCGACGCGCUGCUGCUUCAGAGGGCGUGGGGUGUGAAUCAGGCACGCGGGGAAGGUUCUGUCAGGGACAAGUGGGCCCAUGCAGUGACGUCUCGAGUACGGCCCAGCAGUUGUAGAGGAAAGUGA